GAUCAAAUCCUCCGCCCAAAUUCUGUUCCCCAUUUUCAAAGCUCUGUUUCAGAGAGUAUCAAAACUUGGCCAAGAGAAUGGCGAAACCGGUUGCCGAUUCGCGCAGCAACAGAGCCGCCGUUCAAGCCACCAACGACGACGCUUCCGCCAGUAAACUGUCGUGCGUGAAAAAAGGAUAUAUGAAAGAUGAUUAUGUUCAUCUGUUUGUUAAAAAGCAGCUGAGGCGAGCUCCGAUUAUUAACCGUGGUUAUUUUGCCCGCUGGGCUGCUCUUCGAAAGAUGCUCAAUCAAUUUCUUGAUUGUGAGCCGAAUGCUGAUGGAAAUGGAAAUAUCAGGAAGCAGAUAUUGUCACUUGGAGCUGGCUUCGACACGAUGUUCUUUCAGUUGCAGGAUGAAGGAAAAGCUCCUCAUCUUUACGUGGAACUGGAUUUCAUUGAGGUAACAAGUAAGAAGGCAGCUCUUAUUGAAACCUACAGUCAGUUAAGGGAUAAAGUUGGUGAAACAGCAUCAAUAUCCUCAGAAAAGGGGGAAGUCCAUAGUGAUCAUUACAAAUUGCUGCCUGUAGAUUUGCGCAACAUAGAAAAUUUGAAUGAUAUUAUAGCCCAAGCAAAUUUAGACCCAAGUUUGCCAACAUUUAUAAUUGCAGAAUGCGUUCUUAUAUAUUUGGAUCCUGAUUCAAGCCGUGCUAUUGUUGGAUGGGCUUCAAGAACCUUUUCCACAUCAAUUUUUUUCUUGUAUGAGCAGAUCCACCCAGAUGAUGCUUUCGGUCAGCAAAUGAUUCGGAAUUUGGAGAGCCGAGGUUGCGGACUAUUAGGAAUAUAUGCUACACCAACUUUACAAGAGAAAGAAAAUCUUUUUCUUGAUCAAGGAUGGCAGAAAGCAGUUGCUUGGGACAUGCUACAGGUUUAUAGUGAUUUUAUUGAAGCUCAAGAAAGACGCAGGAUUGAAAGAUUGGAAAUAUUUGAUGAAUUUGAAGAGUGGUAUAUGAUGCAGGAGCACUAUUGUGUUACAUAUGCAAUCAAUGAUGCUAUGGGUUUGUUCAAGGAAUUUGGUUUUCCUAAAACACAUCCUACAACAAAUACCUCCAUUGCAACAUCCACAUGAGAAGAGGAUCCUAUCUUAGACAAAAUCAUUCUUUCCAAUCUCAGGUCAUCAGAAUAUGAAUGGAAAGCUUAUCACCAGUUGUCAACUGUCAGGAUAAAAAAGGGUUUCAGGUACUGAAAGGGUCUCAAACUGGCUCCUAGUUAGGUGCAUUAGGGACGAUCUUAGUGUGAAUGCAUCUAUACAUAUAUUUGUUUUGACGUAAAGGGGAAGAUCUUCUCCGGAUAUUUUUUAUUUUUAUUUUAUAUAAUGUUGGACUGAAAUGA